AUAAACAAUCUCAUUCCUAAAACUUCUCUCAACCACAACACUCAAAAUCCUCCACCAUCACCCUUCAUUUUCCUCUCACCACCCCCUACAUUUUCCUCAAACUUUCUCACAAAGACAUCUGCUUCCUCUUGUCCCCCAACCUUUUUGCGAGGAAGCAGAUCACAAUCCCAAUCUUUCUACCCAUGGCUCUAUCUUUACCACCUUUACAAUUUUUCUUUGUCAUCUUCCUUGUCUCUUCCUCCUUACAUUUUCUUCCUUCUGAAUCCAAACUCAGCAAGGACUAUUACGCAAAAUCAUGCCCAAAAUUUGAAUCCAUCAUUCAAGAUGUCAUCACAACCAAACAAAUCAACAGCCCCACCAGCGCUGGCGCCACCUUACGUCUCUUCUUCCAUGACUGCAUGGUUGAAGGUUGUGACGGUUCUGUUCUUAUAGCAUCCAAUGCCUUCAACAAAGCUGAACGUGACGCUGACAUCAAUCUUUCCCUCCCUGGAGACGCUUUUGAUGUCGUUGUUCGUGCCAAAACUGCUCUCGAGCUUGCCUGUCCAGGUGUUGUUUCUUGUUCUGACAUUCUUGCUCUUGCUGCUAGAGACCUUGUAAUCAUGGUUGGUGGACCAUACUACAAUGUUCGUCUGGGUCGUAAAGAUGGAUUUGUAUCACAAGCUUCCCGUGUCCCAGCUAAUUUGCCUAAAUCUGAAAUGUCAAUGGAUGAAAUCAUCAAACUGUUCCAUGCAAAGGGAUUCUCUGUCCAAGAAAUGGUAGCUCUUACUGGUGCACACACAAUUGGUUUCUCCCAUUGUAAAGAAUUUGCCGAUAGACUAUUCAGCCACAGCAAGACAUCUCAAGUUGAUCCUGACUUGAACCCCAAAUUCGCCGAUGGAUUGAAGAAAGUUUGUGGUUCAUACAAGACCGACCCAACCAUGUCUGCUUUCAACGACGUGAUUACGCCAAACAAAUUCGAUAACAUGUAUUAUCAGAAUCUACAAAGAGGUUUGGGAUUAUUAGCUUCUGAUAAUGCGUUGAUUAAAGACCCAAGGACUAAAAACUUUGCUAUAUUGUAUGCAACAAAUCAGACUGCAUUCUUUGAGGCGUUCUCUCAUGCAAUGGAGAAACUUAGUGUGUUGGGCAUAAAGACUGGACACAAGGGAGAGGUUCGACACCGAUGUGAUGCCUUCAACUCCAUUAAGGCUUAAACAAAGAACAAAAUAUAAAAUUAUUGUUAUUCAGAUAUGAGUCAGAAUGUUGAUUGCUUAUAUUCAGAUAUGGGAUUAGUUAAGAUGAUAAAAUGGGUGUGAAUGAUUUCUAUUCAAACAAAAUCAGAACCCCCUUUUUUUUCUGUUCUUUUGGUUAAAAUUUGAUUGGGAAGUUUUACCAGUGUAUUUGUAUAAGCAUUCUUUUCAUGUCAUUUGUUGUAUGUACUUUGAGUAAUUUACUAAAACAAAAUUGAAUAAAUUGUAUUCCCUCA